AUGGACGAAACGCCUCAGUUUGCAUCUUACUCGAUCACAAAUACCCUGGAUUUGAGCUGGGUGUUUGUUGUGGAUUGGAUCCUAGCUCUCGUUCUUUCGAUAUGGGUCAUAUUCCACUUUAACAGAUUGGUGGGGUUCAUCAUCUCGUGGUCUCUGGAGAACACUCUAUGGCGACAUGGUCAGAUCAAGAUUGACGUACAGAGUGUGAAGCUUUCGCUACUUGGAGGGCGGCUGUUCUUCAAGAACCUUACGAUCAUCGAUAAGGACUACACAGUUGCUGUAGUGCAAGGCACAUUUACUUGGAGAUAUUGGCUGCCCAAUGUACGAUACACGCACAGAGAUCUAGUAGAAUCUCAGCCUGAAGGUGAUCUGCUUACCAAUUCGAAGCUUCCCUGUCGGUUCUAUUUGCACAUGCGUGGAGCUGAGAUAUUUCUGUACAACAGAACAGUAUCAUAUGACACCAUUCUGGAACAACUGUCCACUCAGACGAAGAAUACUGAUGAGGAUUCCAAGUCCCCGCUACAAGAGAAGGAAUGUGUACAAGUUCAAUCGCCGAUCUCGUCUGAGACAACCGAAGUAGGUCCGAAGGCCCUGCCUUCGCUUUCAUUCAUCACCAAGUUUUUCCCCAUACAGAUAAAGAUAAAUAAAGGUGCACUGGUUGCUGGCAAUAGAACGACACAGGCUGUUUUGAUUGCAUCAUACACUCAAUGUGAUGGAGUUGCAGACUUGCAUACAGCUGACAAUCCACUAGACCUUGGAAGGAUAGUGCAAGAGAUGGAGUUUAAAGAAUUGAAGCUGAUGUUGAAGCCCAACAUUCUAUACGAAGGUCCAAUUGAACAGGGAAGGAGAAGCAAGAAAAGACCAAAAUUAACCAGAAAGAGAUGGGUUCUCUUGAGACAGUUCAUCAAAGUUUGGAACGUUGCUUUCCGCAGAAGAAAUAAAGAUGGAUCCUUCGAACUUUGGAGAGGUUUAUCGCAGUAUCUUGAUGAAGAAGAGGGUUCUAUUUCUGAAGUGCAGCAUACGUACCAUGAAUAUGCCAAGUACACCACGUUAUUGACAUCAGAGAUGUGUAAAUUUAACUACUACUACGAUAUUCCGGGUCUUGUUCCAAGUGAUGCUCAGCACACACAGUCGCCAGAUGAUAUUGAUAUUGGAAAUGGCGGCGAUUCUCCAAAAUUCGGUAUGGAUAUGGAACUAUCUCAAGCCACAAUUCACUACGGCCCGUGGGCAGAUAGACAACGGCGUUCGUUACAUCAGGUGUUCUUACCCUCAAUAUGUCUGGAUGCUACUCCCCAACGGAAGUUGGCCCCUGGUGAACUGAGAAAAUAUACAGAGUUCCAGUUCAAUCUCGAAUUCCUUGAUGACUGCAUUAUCAGAGUCCCUUUCAGGGAGAUUAGUAAGAACGAAGAGUUUAUGGAGGCCAACAGAGAUGUUGAUGAUCCUCUACGUCCAUUUGGGUGGAUUGAGAUCAAAUGCACAACGGGAUCUCUGCUUGCUCUACGUGCUGCACAAGUUGCUUCAAAGUCGGGGUAUAACAAUAGAUUCGAUCUUAAACUACAAGGAUGUGAAGUACGUUCUAGUGUUAAUCACGAUAUUCUCUUAAGGUGUCAGAGGCACUCUGUUUGCUCUGAUAUUGGCUAUCCGUUGUCAUGGAAUGGUCUUGCAGCUUGGUCUUUUGUUAACACAUCCAGCAAUCUGGAGAUGUUUUUACUCAGAGAACAUAUCACCUUAAUCUCUGAUAUGUUUUCUGAUUUUGGAAUGGGGCCUACAACUCCAUACGAACUGUUUCGUCCUUUCACUUAUGAAUUUAUAUGGAAGGUAUUGGACUACAAACUCUACUUCAAUAUUAAUGAUGCCAAUAUAGUGAAUAACCCACUGGAUUUCAACGAUAACUGUUACAUGUCGAUUCAAGGUGAUGAGCUAAAUAUCAAGGUUCAUGUUCCAAUGGAUGUAAUUGUCAAAUCAUGCUCAAUAGUUGACUAUUCCAUUGACACACCAAAGUUUAGCUUGAUCAUCGACACACCUCCAUGGCAUAUGCUCAACAAUUUCCUGAAACACAGAGAAGUUGGCCGUUCCCAAGACUUUCGGGUUGAAGGGUCUUACACGUACUAUUCUGAGGUUGGCUUGGAUCUUGUUGAUUCUGUGAUUAUUGCAUGUACUGGGAAAUACGUCGGGCUUCAGUGUUAUGGGUUUGUCAUGAAGUAUAUUAUGGGUAUAAAGGAGAACUAUUUUGGUGAUUUCACCAACUUCAGGACACUGGAGGAGUACACAAAUGCUCAACAAUAUCAUGAUGAAGGUACAGUAUCCUCUGACCCAGUAUCUGUUGAUGCCAGAAAGCUGAGGAGAAUAGAGAAUGAGACUGACGUACACUUUUCAUUCUGUGUUGAAGAAAGCUGUAUUGUGAUUCCGUACAAUCUGUACGACUGUCAUAGUAACAUGUUGCUUCAUCUAAGCUAUCUAGAUCUGGAUAUAAGAUUCACGAACUAUUAUAUGGAUCUUCAGGCCGAUGUGAGUCCUUUGAAGGGUUACUAUAAAACAGACUGUGAUCAAGAAUCGCUUUUGGAUAUUGGGGGCUUUGUUGCUCCUGAAAAGGACGACUUUUUCAUCGAUGGCCUAAGCAUACAUGGCCAUAGGGCCUUUGGUUUACCUCCAGAUGAGCCUACCUUCUUCUGCAAAUGGGACAUCACGCCUGGUCAAAUCCUUUUCGACAGUACGACUGAUGUUCUUAGUGGGCUUGUCAAGGCUAUCGAGAUGAUUGCGUACGGUUACAAGAAUUUUGAAAAUCACUUGACAAUGGUGGAACCAGAGCUCUUCGAUACAACCCAACUCACAGUGGCAGUUCCAGGUAUCAAGCUUACCGUGCGCAGUGCAAAUGCUCAGCAUGCACUGAUAUUUGAAUUGGAUGAUGUUGUGUUCAAGUCGAUUGAUUUCACAAACCCAAGAUUCAUCAAAAAGGCUUCAGUUGAUGUUGGAGAAGCUCGUGUCGUGCUCCAGGAUGUUGAGUCGAAGAAAUUCUAUGUUGAUAUUGGAACAGCUCUCAGGUUCACAAACUUCAAGGAGAAUAUGGACUAUAAUAAUGUUCGUCAAAAGCAGAAUGAUCAUGUUAUAAGGCACGAUUGUCCAUUUCACAGAGCCCCAUUUUUCGUCGAUGAAGAGAGUAAAGCACGUUACAAUCAAAUGUAUGGCGUAAUUGUCCCCAGUCUUCCAAUCCCAGACAUCUCGCCCCCGCUUACCAAGGAAACAAUUGAUAUGAUAUUUGAUGACUUGACAGAGAAUUUCAUACAGGAUUUUGAUUCUGAAUUCUUGCAAUCUUCACAUUACCCUUACGCAAAGAUCCUUAAGAAGAACUUCCGGGAAACACUAGCAGGUUCAAAGAUUAAACCAAGUCUCGACUAUGAAGACUCAGAAUUCAGGCCCUUAAAGGACUCCGAUCCCGAGUUUGACACCUCCAAUCUGAUCUUUAAUGUGGGUGUGGUGGACGCCAACAUAAGCGUUGAAUCACUUCCAAUUAUUCUGGACUAUGUUGAGUCCCUAUUAAGAAUGUCUUUCAAGGAUUGUAUGGAUGAUUUGCAAGUCUCCGUUCUCAAAACUUUGUAUAAAGAGUUUGAUGUGACUAAUGCUUGGGACAAUGUUCGCUUCGUAUCACCAAAUAUAUCCAUCCUACUUACGGAGAAAAGCUGGUCUGAUGAUCCAUUGGAGGAGGACAAUAUCGAACAUGUCGAAGUACAGGUUGAAAGCCCAUCCCUUGCAGCCUCCUUCAAAAAGCCAUCAAAAGGCAUUGACGAAGAUACCGUUGCAAUGCACAUUUUGACCCUCAGAGCUUGUGUGAAUAAUUCUCUUCAGGGUCCAAUACCUCUUACAAUCAAGUUAAGUGACAUUGAAUUCUGGUCUCAUAUCUUGAAUGAGUCUAGCACUUCUGUAUCAUUGGGUGCUUUUACAAUGGACAUAGACAGUGAGUCUAUUCCAUGCUUGGCUAGCUCAAUACAGAAACUAAUUGGCCAUGUUAACAGCUUCACCAAGAGACUAAAUUUGAUUAUUGACAACCAUUACAAGGCUCGUAUCGAAUUGAUGUAUCAGAUUGCCACUGCAACAGACAAGUUCAAGAUCAAUCACGACCCGGCAGUUAUCACCCGUCCUUCUUAUAUCGUGAGAUUAUCCAAGAACCAUAUAAGAAACGAAGAUAGCUGGAAAAUUAUAGCUCGUUUACGGCACAUUCUAACCAAUGCACCACGGAACUGGUAUGAUCAGCAGACGAAGAAGUUUCUGUCAUCUGAAUUCGAGGCACCGGCUUCAGUUUGGGACGAAGUACUGGCUGUGUUCUCUGAAUGGAGAAGUUGGGAACUUAGAGACCCAGCUACCAGCUAUGUCUUUAAAUACAUCUUUGCUGAUUUCCCAUUAAAGCCAUUAAAGUCUGGAUUAUUCAAAUUAUCUGUCGAAAACACAUCUGUGAAUCUUCUUGCACCAGAUGGACAAGUUAAUUACGUAUGCGCUGAUUUCCUCGAUAUAUCUGGACAUAAGGUUGUGACCUCUGUUUCUUCUGUACAGUUGUCUGACUCUUUGAGCUUGAGGGUUUCCCGUUUCAAAGGCCAGUUGGGUUUAUUACUUCAUGACUUAUUACCCCUUCUGGAUAUCCGGGCCCCAUCUUCGGAAACACAAGAUAAGAAUAUUGGUGAAAGACUUUCCGAAUUUCAUUGCGUGAUGCUGCUUGAAGAUGUUGAUUUCAAAGUCAUGUUACCAAAGACUUCGGUCAAUAUCGUUAGUUCUGAUGUUGAACUGGCAUUUCUUUUGGUAACUUCUCAAGAUGGGCCAGAUAUAAAUGUGACUUGUGGGUCGAAAUACUUCGAGUUUGAUAUAUCCUCUGACAACGCAACAUGUGUUAACUAUUCGUUGACCAGAUUCAAUGCAUCUGCUGCAUCAACUGGGAAUUUAGUCACGGGCUCUAAGGUAUUGAGGGUCAAUUCCGAUGAUGCUGUCUUCACCGUUGGUCAUGGAACCAAUUCUUGUGUCGAGCUCCUGACAAACCUUUCAGACGACUUGAUCACCUUCAAAUCCAAGGAUUGGUCGAGGUUGAGUUCUUCUCAGACUAAGGGUAAGACUUUCACUCCACCUGACACCCAUAUACUCAUUAAUAGUAAAAGAUUUGGGUGGACUGUGAGUAUAAUUGAUCCUCUCAAAUCAUCUGGCAUCAUUGAUAACGGGUCUCUGGAACUUAUCCUGCAGGAUGGUAUUCUAUUCUCCAGUAUUUCAUCAUCUAUCGUGAGUUUCGAGGUUAAAACCUUGCCAUACGAAGAAAAGUACUUUGCAAUAAGCCACCAUGGAUCACAAUUGUUUGCCAAAUAUGACCUUGAAUCAAAAUCCAUGGAAAUUGAUUGGGAUUAUCAGCUGACACAGGUGGUAUUCACGGAAUUGUUAUCAAACAUAAAAUCUAUCAAGCACUCUAUCUCGGAAGCUAUCGAUAGUUUCGAGAUCUUGAAAACCAGUGCACGUUCCUUGGCUGGAGGUGAAGUUAAAAGAUCUAUGAGUGAUUCAGAGUCCCAAAAGAUACCCAUCAUCUUUAAGAGAAUGGCAGUUUCCGGCUUGGUUUUGUCUCUGGUCUUUAACGUGGGACUCGAAACAUAUACUCUCGAGUUGCACAAGAUAUUGCUGACAUGGCACGAUAUCAUCUUCGGUACAAAGAAACCUUAUGGUGAUGUUGAAAUUGCUAAUACGAAGCUGAAAAUAGAUUCGAACGAUGUCCCAGCACUGUCCUCUAGUGUCAUGGAUGUGAGUCUAUCCGUCAAAGUUGUAUUAAACCCUGAAACUGAUCGUCAGGCAUUACAAAUAGAAUCAGAGCAUUUCCACAUCCUACUCCAUCCGAUAACAAUUGCCAAAAUGAUGCAGUUGACACACGACGUCAGAUACAUUUUGAAUGAACUAGGUGUGUCAAUGGAGAAGAUCGAAACUCCAGCAAAAGAAAAGUCAGAAAAAGAACCUGUGCUGCCCUUUUCAUCCAUGCACAUGUUGUCGUAUAACUUCUGUGUGGGUGUGAUAUUCGAUGAGCCCACAAAGGAUUAUCCAGGUUUGAUCGUGGGGUGUGACAAGAUGUUUUUCAUCACGGAAGAUAGCUUGGGUAAGUUCUCUCUCAUCAGUGCGUAUAUAUCUAUCGCCAAAGGGAUGGAUUUGGAUAACUUCUUCAGUUCUGGAGAAGAAUUCCAGAGUGGAAACAGAGCUUUCCUUCCGAAUAUGCAAAUUGCAUACUCUAAUGCUCAGAAUAAGGAUGUGAUAGUCAGAGUUACUGGUGAACAAUUUGAUGUUAAAUUCUCGUCUUCCUCAGUUGCAGCAUUUGAACGAUUCUUGAAGACCGUAUCAGCACUGGAACGACUUAAGAAAAACGUCAAACGUCGUUUCAUCCAAGAAGAGAGCAUCUCCUCCCCCUCCGAGGCUUAUAAGCUUCCGAGUCAUUUCAGUUCAGUACAGUGCAUUAUGAACUUUGCUGGUGGAGCAAUUGAGCUAUACGGAGAUGAUUUUGGACAUCCCGAUGAUGUAUUUGGCUCUUCUUUCAAGAUCAAAACCCCUGGUGUGGAGAUCAUAACUGAUUACACGAAGACAGCGGGUCCUAAAGAUCACAAUAUUGAUAUUGAGGUGUUGACAUUCUCCUCGAGCAAUACGCUGCUGGUGGAGUGUGUGCCUGUACUUGACAGCGUCAUACAUGGCUUCAAGAAUAUGUCGAAAAUAUUCAAACAAUCGUCCAUGGAGAAGGAGGCAACCUCUGGUUCUUCAAUCGACAUUGAAGAGAUACUGAACAGAUGUCACAUUGCAUUCUGCUUAAGAAUUGACAGACAGGAGCUAAUUCUGAGUUGUGAGCCAUCAGCAAAGGUCCAGGCAGUGGUUGGGAUGGACUGUAUCGAUCUUCGCCUGGUGACUGAUGAUGAACAUCCAACUCAGCCGGUAUCUGGUGCCUUGGCCAUUUCGAACGUUGGUGCUUCGGUACAGCAUACAUAUUCAAGGGAAAUCAGUGCAUCUGUGACGGUGGACGAACUGCUAUGGUCCUUGUUAAUGUCUAAAGACAAGGAGUUGAAGAUAUUCUCUGGUGUAAAGGUGAAUUCAAUUCAAUCAUACUUGAACCUCAAGCAACUUCAAGAUGUUAACCUGUUCAAAGAUUUGUGGUUAAUAAAACAACAGACUAACAACGGAUCGGCAACAAGCAUGAAAUCUGCUGUCAGCAAUGCCGAAGGUGAGGAAGAAAACCUUGCGGUGAUGUUUCAGAAGGCGUAUGGAACCAGUCCAAUCCCAUGGACUGUUGAUAUAUUAGUUGUUGAUGCUAAUCUCAAAGUUGAUCUAGGGCCGUCGUUGGGUUUGUUGUCAUUAGAGCUGGAUAGGGCGUGGGCAGUCUCCAGGAAGAAAUCCAUAAGGGAACAAGACUUACUUGUCGGCCUGGAUACGCUUGCUUUGAAAUCAAAAGGAAGGUUAGAUGGAUUCUUGGAUGUAAAGAACAUUCGCUUCAGUUCCGUCAUCCAAUGGUCCAUGGUUGGUGAUAACCAAACCAUGCCAUUGUUAUUCCUAUCUUCCGGUUUUGAUGGUAUUGAAACCAAGAUAUCAUUCGACUAUAACGUCUUCUUCAUGGGAAAGGUUCAAAAUUUCUUUAUUUCGGUGUUUAACCAAGUUGAUAAGCACAAGAUUUUGAAUGAUAAGCUUGCUGCGUCCACAGAGUGUGGUUCCAUUGAGAUCUUCACAACAGCGUUUGCAGCCUCGAAUGUGAUGGAUAUUUACAAUACGCUUGUUCGUAUUCGUCAGGAUAACAAGAGAUCGUACAGAGAGGAUAUGAACAAGGUCAUAGUAAAGGGUGAGAAGAAUAAGAACUCUGAUAUCAUUGACAUUAUUGCAACACUGACGACAGAAAUCAAUGUUAACUUUGGGAAGACGAUUGUUCAAGUCUAUCCUUCAUCCUUACUGGACUCUCAAGUGCUGAUAUUUGAUCUUGGUGGCUUAAGAAUACAUUUUGGACAGCAUCUUUCUCAAAGAACUCUCAUUAGUAACUUGAACAUGAAGCUGCUGGAUAUUAACAUUGCCUUAUCGUCACACAAGACUCAACUCCCUGAAGAAAUGUUGGUCACAAUGUCAAUAGAUUCCUUCAUAUCUCAUGCCAUAGAAGCUAGAGGUGGUGGUAUUUUCAUCUUCCCAUCGUGGGAAUGUGUAAUGGAGACUUGGAGUAAACCCAACUCCAAUGAAAUUGAGUACAGUUAUAGAAGUCAAUUUGGAGGUAAGGUGGACAUCCGUUGGAACCUUGGUUCAAUCAACUUCAUUCGAGAGAUGUGGACGAUGCAUGCCAGAGCUUUUUCUAGUCGUCUCAGAUUAAGCGAAGACUCUGUUCCUCUUAUUGGAGAUGAAAACAUCGAGGAAAAAAUAAAAGCUGCUGGUGUCGAUGACAAAUAUCAUUACACUCCCUUGACCAUCCCGAUUAUAGAAGCACCACAACUGAGAGAUUUGGGUGAUGCUACUCCACCAUUAGAAUGGUUUGGUCUCCAUAGAAAGAGUUUCCCUGCGUUGACUCAUCAGUAUGCAAUUAUUGGAUUACAGAAACUGGUUCACGAAGUUGAAAUGCAAUAUGGACGUGUGCUCGGUAAUGUUGAUUGAUUAUGUGAUCUUUGCUGCAAUCAACUGUAUUAGCUUGUCUUCCUUUGAUGAUCAUGUAUCCUAUUUUUUUUAGCUUUCAUCUCUUCCAAUCGUACUGGUUCCCUUGAUUUGAUAUAUCUCCAUUUUCAACACGUAGUUUUAGGUACGCUUCAAGCUCAACCAAUGACGUUUUGUUUCCGUCUGGAAUAACAGACGUUAGAUAGUUGUAGACUUGUGAUAGAGUCAUUGGACCUAAACUCUUCAGCAU